AGAUGAAGCUCCAAACUAUUUUUUUAUUACUUGCUCUUUUAGCUAUUAUGUUUCAAGUUGCUUAUGCUGAAAAUGAAAAUGAACCUGAUGAAGACGAGCCUGAUGAAAACGAAGUUGACGGAAACGAUGCUCCUAAACGAAGAAUUAUCCAUAACGUAGAAAAAACAACCACCCAUAGUCUACUCCCUCCCUCUCAUACUGUAGUAAAGCAAGCUGAUAUUGAGACCGGUAAGAAAAAUGAAGAGACUCAGCAUCACAGCACAGUAAAGAAGCACGAAAAAGAAGAAGAGGCUCAACACCAUAGUCCACCAAAGAAACACAAAGAAGAAACAGAAGACGAAGAGAAAGAAGAGAAACAUACCACCACAAAAGCAAAAGAAACUCAAGGCCAACAUAAACACCACCACCAUCAUACAGCCACAGCUGAUGCUGCUACUUCCAUUACUUUUGAAUCUGGUUUAUUUACAAACACUUGGCCUGCUUCUUCAAAGUCUAUCAAGCCUAAAAACACUUUGUCGGAUUUUUCUAAGUCCAUCGCACCCACAAGUACUUGGGAUGACGCCUCUCAUAUCUCAAGCACUGUUUCUUCAGAUACCACUUCAAGUGAUCUCUUCUCUGCUGCUGCUGCUGUUGCUAGUUCUACUGGAACUUUUACUAACACAAUUUCUGCUACAGCCGCUUCAACGACAAACAUUCUAUUGCCAUCUAUGAUCAGUAAUGCUUCUAGCGGUAAGUCGUUUUUGUUUUGUUUUGCUUAUUAGUGUACUGAUUUUAUGUAGCCUCAAGCACUACGCUUACUCCCUAUACUCCAUCACCUAAAUCUUCUGUUUCCCCUUCAAGGCCUGUCUCUGGACCUAGUGUGAUUAGUUCUUCUGGCCACAACAUGGAAUUUUCACUUAUUAGUGUAG